AUGGAGACAUUCUCAGUGAUGAUGGUUGUGUGUUUGCUUGCUGGUCUAUCUGAAUGCCAGACUGGAGGUGAGAACAAUCAGACAAAUAUCACUAGGCGGACACACAAAGACCUGGAGGAUAACUCGGUAGAGAAGGAUGCUCUCCAGAAUUUAAACCAAGGGCUUGAAACGCCAGCCAUUUUGACAACAGGCUCAACAACAACAACAACAACAACCCAGCCAAGCUGUGAACCACCCAUCUACACUGUGCUGAAGGAGCUGGGGGCUCUAGGAGAAAGGCUUGCAGCUACUGUGACAGCCAUGGAGGAAACAAACAAAAAGCUGGAGACCAAUGAGAAGAAGCUGGCUGCACUGGACAGGAGAGUGACUGAACUGAGUGCAGUGGAUCAAGGACAUCAUCAGGUUGCAUUUUCUGCUACAUUAGGCGGCACAGAUGGCACCAUUGGUCCUGUAAAUAUUCUUUAUGCUCUGGUGUACAGAAAUGUUCUGUCCAACAUUGGAGGACACUACAGCCCGGUCACAGGUUAUUUUACAGCACCAGUGCAAGGAGUCUAUUUCUUCACCUACACUUCCUUCUUUUGGGGAGGUGAUGGAAACAGUGGUGGCAGUUUGUACCAAAAUGGAAACAAGAUAGUGUCAUGGUAUGGUCAUGCUCCAUCUCACCCCAUCACUGGAUCUAACAGUGCUAUCUUGCAGCUACAAGUUGGAGACAAUGUUAAUGUUCGUCUUUGGGGUGAUAGGAGGAUUAGUGAUAAUGUGUGGGCAACAUAA